UGGCUGCAAAAUAUGAUGUCUGACCCACGACUGAGAGAAAAAGGAGCCAGCACAGAAAAAAAACACUCAUCCAGCUUAAUGAAAGAUGGGUUGGCUAUUACGAGUCAUUACUGAGUGGCCGGGCAGAGACCACAGACAUUCCUCCUGACAAAACACACUCACACUGUGGUUGUCAACUUUCAUUUUUUUCUGCUCUCUCUGCAGUUUUUGCUGUGUCCACAUUUAGGGGACAUUUAACAGAAAACACUGACACUUAAUUCUCUCUGUACAUCCUGUCUGUCUCUCCGUCUCUUUCUUAUUGGUGGGUGGUCAGGGAAGGGUUAAGUGCUCUGCUCUAUAAACUCUGCUUUAACAGUCUGCUGGAAGCUACUGGUUCAGCCUUUAAAUACAGUCAUUUGACACAUCCCAACAGGGGCUCGUAGCAGAGAGCAGCUGCUGACCCAAACUCAGGCUUUAAGGCAAGCUGGUGUGUCGGCAUCACACUGCUCUGGACAGCAUGAAGUCUCUGUUAUUCACCUGUAUGCUGGUGCUGUGGCUGGUGGCAGCCUCAGCCAGGAAGUCUGACCAGGAUUCACAGCUGAUAGUGGGAUCUCUACCUGGCAGGGAACUGAACGGAUACUUCAGUGACCCUUUGAAUUCAAGAAGGGCUCGGAGAGCAGUGUCACCUGCUGACGAACCUGAUGACAGCACAAUCUCAGAAGGAGGAGACGCCUCUGACCUGCCCACCUGCCUGCUGUGCGUGUGUCUGACGGGUUCAGUGUAUUGUGAGGAGGUCAGCCCAGACAUGACCACUGUCCCCACCCUGCCUAAAGAGACAGCCUAUCUGUAUGCCCGCUUCAACAAGAUCAAGAAGAUCAGCACUAAAGAUUUUGCUGGCAUUUUGACUCUGAAGAGGAUUGAUCUGACAGGGAACCUGAUCUCAGAGAUUGAAGAUGGGGCGUUCUCUAAACUUGCCCUACUGGAGUCAUUGUCUCUAGCUGAGAACAGACUGGUCAAACUUCCUAUGCUCCCUGCCAAACUUACAUCCUUCAAUGCCAACAACAACCUCCUUAAAACCAGGGGUGUCAAGGCCAAUGCUUUCAAGAAAUUGACCAAGCUGACCCACCUGUACCUGGCUGACAACCAGUUGGAAGCUGUUCCACAAAUCCCUGACAGUGUUCAGAUCUUACAUCUACAGAACAACAACAUCACUGAGGUCAACGUAGAUACCUUCUGCAAGUCCAAUGACACCUACUACCUACGACCAAGCCUCAAUGAGGUCCGUCUGGAUGGCAACCCUGUGGUGCUGUCAAAGAACCCUGACAGCUUCACCUGUAUGAAGGUACUGCCUAGUGGACGGUACCGCUGAGGAGGCAGAAACUUUACUGUAGCCCCUUUGUUGCUAAUGGAGCAGUCUUCCCACAACAGAGUGCUGGGGGGUGGGGGGGUGGGAGAUAUGUGACAUUCUGGAUUUUGGGGCGCUGUACCCAUGUACAAACCUACAAACAGCUUGUGACAUUGUCAGGUCGACAUGAAACCAUUCACUGGACUCAACAUUUGCAGGAAAUUGCACAUGGAAGUUAAAAAGAUACACAGUCAAAUGAAUAAGUGAUAAACCACCUGAAAAGGGACGUGAAGCCCUCGGUAUGCUUCAAACCAACUAGUCAGAAAUCAGUGUUUCUAUCCUCACUAACAGACAGGGGGACAAGCCAGAAGUUGUAGCCUCCUUUGUGCUCCAUCCCACUUCCUUCUUUUGAUUCACGUCAUAAUCUUGACGCACUGAAUCAUACAAAUGGGCAUAAUGGCACACACUCAGUCUGUCCUCAAUGGCAUUUAAGGUGUUAACUAGUAAAGUGAUGGAGGACCAGAUUGUCUGUUUUGGACUAAACUGAUCAACACCGCUUUCACUUUCACCAUCAGAAAGGGGAAUGCAGAAUGAAAUGUAACAAUUUUUUGAAGCUUACUGAGUCUUUUGCCAAAUUGACUGUGAGUGAAAUAAUUAAGUGAAAGUGAAAUAAAAUUAGCAUAACAGAUUAAGGCUCUUCUGGUGACAUAAUGGCAAUAGAACUGAUGUAACCCCAUGAAGGAGUGGAGGAGCACCAACACCACCAGUCCAAUUUAUUGCUUCACUUUGACCUGACACUGUACUGUACUACCUAGAUGAAUGAAACAAUACAAUCCACACUGAACCAACACAAACGCAGUAACAAGCCAACAGGCUUGCUUGAAACCUCUGGUCCUUUUUCACUUAAGUCACAACACGCUGAUGUUUUCACACUCUUUGUGGAAUACAUUUUAAAACAGAAACAUUUUGUUACUAUAAGUAACUAUAAGUAGAUAAGAUAUCAAUAUAUCACGGCAACCUUCUAGAUAUCUUUGCCGCUUUUGCUAAACUUAACAUCUUGUAUCUGUGUAAAAUCUGAUUGAGAUUUUACAGUAAAUUAACAACAAAAUGUUUUAGAGUACUACAAGUAAAAUUCCCAACAGGUGCUUUUUUUUAAACGCACCUGGAUGGUUUUUCUAGCCUUGCAAAGCCAGAUCAGUCUUCAUCUUGCUCAUUAGGAUCAUCAGGAACUGUAUUUGAACAGACAUUGUAAGGAUAAAUGACUGUAGUACAGUUUUUGAUUAUGUGUUUUAAUGCUUUUGCAUGCUUUAUUUUAAUUAUCCUUGACUAAAAUUGAAGAGAAAUUAAUCUGGGAGAUUUAGACCGUCUUUAGGAAGGCACAUUGCAGAAAUAAAAAAAUGUGUUGGAAAUAGAAGUUUUGUCUGCCACACUGUUACUGGUAAAUGAAAAUGUGAGCUCAAAGAAACAGACAAUGUUUUCAGAUAUUUGAGGGUAAAACACAUUUAAAUUUAGAGUCGUGAUGACAGGUUAGAUCAUCUGUUUUGCUCUGCCAUUGUUUGAAUUAAUUUCACGUUUAAUUUUU